AUGGUCCCAGUACGCUCUCAGAUCCAGACCUGCUCUCAGACCCACUUCCAGACCCGCUCCCGCUCCCAGACCCAGACCCAGACCCAGAACUGCUCCCAGACCCGCUCUCAGACCCGCUCUCAGGCCCACCCUGACCUCUGCAUUGUACCUGGUUUUUAUAAAUUAGCGGCUUGUUUCCACUUGACACUGUCUGAGCCCAAAGCUGCUAACGAGGCACAGUUCCUCUGGACAUGGGAGGAGCAGGAGCAGGAGGAGGAGGAGGAGGAGGAGGAGGAGCAGGAGCAGGAGGAGGAGGAGCAGGAGCAGGAGCAGGAGGAGGAGGAGGAGGAGCAGGAGCAGGAGCAGGAGGAGGAGGAGGAGGAGGACUGA